UUUGCAUGCGAGCUGUGUUGCAUGUCUUUUACUCGCAGGCACGAUUUGAAUCGACACAUGCGGCAGCAUAUGCCUGAGCGUCCUUUUGUAUGCGGUCGCUGCAGUCGAACAUUUUUGAGAAAGGUAAAUAUAAUGCGUUGCUUGCUUUUCUAA